CUGCACUCGUGUUCGUGUUCGUGCUUCCCGGCAAUUCUGUCCAUGUGGUGCGGUCUGUAUCGUCUGACUGCUGCAGAAACGUGGACAAUAAAACACGGACUUCAUCAUAAACGUCAUAACGCAGAGGGUUAACAUGUCUGAUGAACCAGGACCAAGCAAACAAACUCACUCUCAAACACACUCUCAGUCCCAGACUCAGUCUCAGCCCAGCUCCAGCUCGUCAUCUGGUCCGGCUUCUUCCAGCCAGUCUUCAUCUUCUGGUUCAGGGACGUUGAGCUCAGUGGACACCGUCCCCAUCACAGAGCUGUCGUCUAUACCUGAGGAGUCUGAAGAACCUGAACCCAAAUACUGGGGCAGAAUAGUGCCGUUAAUUAGAGGCUUUAACGUGCUCAACUGUGUGGAGAAUCAGUACUACUUCGGACGGGACAGUCGCAAUGAUUAUUGUUUUAAUGACCCGAUUAUUCUGACAUCACAACGCUACAGAACCUACAGCAAGAGACACUUCAAGAUCUUCAGGGAUGAAAGUGUGGUAUAUCUGGAGGAUCUGAGUGGAAAUGGUACAUGGGUGGAUGACACUGAGGUUGGUAAAGGAAAACGAUGUCCGUUGAGCAACAACUCUGUGGUGUCACUUGCAGACCCCAAACACAAAGUGUUUAUGUUUGUCGACAUGACUGAGGACGAUCAGCCGAACUUUCCUAAAGAAUUCAGAGAAAAAUACCACGUCACACGCAAGAUUGGCUCUGGUGUGUGUGGGGAAGUAAAACUGGCCAUAGAGAGAGAGACGUGUAAAAAAGUGGCAUUAAAAACCAUCAACAAGAACGAUUUCCCAUCCGUUGGGACAGCGAUGCGUAACGCAGAACGAGAGAUUGAGAUCCUGAAAAAAAUUGAUCAUCCGUGUUUAAUCCGAACAGAAGAUUUCUAUCAGACACAGGAUUCCUAUUACAUCGUCUUGGAGUAUGUUGAGGGUGGUGAACUCUUCAGCAGGAUUAAAGCUCAGAAGCGGUUAAAGGAGAAAAUUGCGAAGCUUUACUUUUUUCAGAUGCUUAAAGCUGUACAGUAUCUCCAUGAGAAUGGCAUCAUCCACCGUGAUCUUAAACCAGAAAAUGUGCUUCUCACUUCCCACGAUGAUGAGUGUCUCAUCAAGAUCACAGACUUUAACCAGUCAAAGAUUCUGGAGGAGUCGAGUCUAAUGAAGACUCUGUGUGGAACUCCUACAUUUCUAGCUCCUGAAGUCUUCACUGCUGACGCCACGGGCGGAUACACACAUGCUGUGGACUGCUGGAGCCUCGGAGUACUGCUAUUCAUUUGUUUAGGAGGUUAUCCACCGUUUAACAGUGAGUCAAGCUCAAUGUCAGUGCGUGAUCAGAUAAUCAGUGGUCAUUACUGCUUUAUCCGCUCACAGUGGGACUCUGUUUCUGCCCAAGCUAAAGAUCUGGUGAAGAAGCUGCUGGUUGUGGAUCCAAAUAAACGUCUGAGUAUUUCAGAGGCACUGCAGCACCCAUGGCUUAAUGACGAGAAGAUGAAGAUGAUGGCGUUUAGCCUGAUGAACCCAACACAGCCCGACAAGCCAAGACGAGCUGUAACAUCACAACCUGAAGAACCACAGAGAAGAUCAAAACGUAAAGCUGAGGGGGAAGAAGAAACAUCCGCGUCUAAAAGGCGAGCAUGACACUACACACACUUUCUAUCCAGCCUGUGUGUGUGUGCGUUUUGCAUACACAUGUCUCUGUUUGUAUGUAUAUACACUGUUUGUGUACUUUUUUCAAUAAAUGGUUUUUAACAUUGUCA